GCCGCGUGUGCAGCACCGUGCGCCCUGCUGGAGAAGUGGAAUCCGUGGUUCUUGACUGGCCCGACCACCCGCAUCCCCGCCACCUCGGCUGCACAGCGUGCCCAAGCCUCGAGACUAAGUGAGCAGGGUUUGUCCAUUCUUUUGUUUGCCCACACGUCUGCUGUCAUCGGUUCUGAUGGCUGGUAAUAAAGGAAGAGGACGAGCUGCCUAUACCUUUAAUAUUGAGGCUGUUGGCUUCAGCAGAGGGGAUAAGUUGCCUGAUGUCGUGUUGAAGCCACCACCACUGUUUCCUGAUACAGAUUACAAGCCAGUGCCCCUGAAAACAGGAGAGGAUGAAGAUUACAUGUUGGCCUUGAAGCAGGAGUUGCGAGAAACAGUGAAACGAAUGCCUUAUUUUAUUGAAGCACCUGAAGAAAAGCAAGAUGAUAUUGAAAGGUACAGUAAAAGAUAUAUGAAGAUAUACAAAGAGGAAUGGAUCCCAGACUGGAGAAGACUUCCCCGAGAGAUGAUGCCAAGGAAAAAAGGCAGAAAAGCAGAUCUAAAAUCCAGAAUGGCCAAAGCUGCAGACAGCGGUGCUUCACUCUCUGCAGAUGUGUUGAAAAAAAUUGAGGAACUAGAAAAGAGAGGCGAUGGUGAAAAAUCGGAUGAGGAAAAUGAAGACAAAGAAGGGAGCAAAAAGAAAGAUGGUGACGACGAAGAUGGCGAAGACUCAGAGCAGGAGGAGUACGAUGAAGAGGAGCAAGAGGAGGAAAAUGACUACAUUAACUCCUACUUCGAAGAUGGAGAUGAUUUUGUUAUAGACAGCGAUGACAACAUGGAUGAAGCAACCUACUAGCCAUGGAAUUUCUCUCUCUUUUUUUGGUGCAGCUCUGAGCAUUUGUACUGACUUAUUUUAUUUCUGAUACGGAUUGAGUCCAUAUUUUCUCUUGUUCAGUGUUGGGUUUAAUAAAUUCCUAUCAAGCUCUUCAGAAGCACUGUGCGUUUACACCACGACCUUACCCCAGCACCUCCACCGCUCCUCUGAUUCUGUACUGAAGUUCGGGGUUCUUUGUUUUAUUUGGAUUUGAAUGUGCCUGAAGAGCUUUAGCAUCGUGUUCAUACUUGAAAAAGAUCAGUCUCACUUACCUGCUGACCUCUGGUAAAAGCUGUUACUAGUCAGAGUGGAUUGCUAUUGAUACUGCACAAGGAGCACUUUAAACACAAACUGGAAAAUGAUUUCUUACCUGGUAUGUUCUGUUUUAUCACAUGUGACUGCAUAGACUCACCUGAAUUCUUAACACAUGCAGACUCAGGAGAUGAGAGAUCUGGUGGUGGGAAACAUGCCCAUGGCAAAAUACAGUGAACUAGGUGAAAUAGCAUUGUUUCCAUCUCAGCUGAAACAGAAGCUUUCCACGUGGGCAAAAGGAUACAGAAUGUUUGGCUUUGGAGGUAAUUCCAUGUGAAUUAAUCAUUCCACUGUGUUAAGUUUGACAUCUUCAAUUUUGGGGGUUUAUAGAAAAAAAAUAACUGAGACAUAUGGUUUAUUUCUCUGCUUUAUGUAUGUAAGUGGGAAUAAGUCCUGGCUGAAUAAACUCUGUAACAGAUGGGCAGUGCCCUUGGCUUCGAUUCACAAGAUUCAGAGCCUGCAAGCCAAGGAGAGAAUCGUGGAAAAUGAACUCAGGUCAUUUUGAAAUUACCACUGAUUCUUCUUGUUUUAACUUACAGGGUGACUCCCCUGUAGUUUUAUAUUUUGCAGGAGAUAUCCAGAACCCUUUGCCUCUAACGACUUUGAACAUGCCAAAGAUUUCUAAGGAAAUGUAUAUUAUACAUUUCAAAACUAAUAUCUUAAAAUUAUCUACCUAAAGGAGGAAACCCUGCUCUCUGCUUUGGGGAGACUUGUCAUUUAUUACCUUCUGACCUGGAAACUGGAGCCCUGCUUUUUCUCUCAGGAUCAAGAUAACCUUGAAAUUGAGCUUAAGUUCAUGUGCCUUAGUUUCUCCACUUGUAAGCAGUUUCCUAUAAAAAUUGUUUAAACACUAAGUAGUUUACUAAAUAUUCCACCCUUUACCUUACAGAAACAGUCAUGCCCUAAAUUUGAUUUUUACCCUGUAAACAACUGUACUGUGGAAACCAACAUAGUUGUGAGACCAUUUUCUGCUUCAUUAUAAUUCAAUUUUCUGAUCUUUUACCCAUGUUAGAUUUGUACAGUCUGGCGAGAUUCCAACAUUCUUUUCUCAGGAAAAGAAUACUUUAAAUGGCAAUACUUCUUCAAAUAUUUCUUCCAGAUGGGUGUGAUGGCCCAUAUCUUGUCUGUAUAGUGCUGUACUGACCAUGUGUGACUUACAUCCAGUUCCCAGGAACUUGUAAAAAAUAUUUUGAGAUUCUGAGUGGAAACAUGAAAAGUCUUUAAUGAUCCAGUGUGUUGGGAAAAAGCUUUUAAUAGUGAUGGCAAAUGCUGUUAUUUGGGAAUGACAGGUACUUUAUUCUCUUACAUUUGGUACCAGAGCCAAACAUGUAUUUCAUAGAUGCUCCUUCCUUUAUUACACAUCUGUAAAUACCUGUUCAAAUUGGGGAGAUGCAUUGGCAAGAACUUCUUCCCUAGCUUCCGGUUUGUCUUCACUGCUGUUUCUUCUGUGGGAAGCCCCUUUCGGACAGGACUUAUUCUGGGGCAUCUGGCAUCUUUAGUGAUGUUGUCACCCUUUAAAAGAUCAGUUUACAACUUUAAAUAUACUAAUUUUGAGAAAAGAUGUUUUUUAGGUUGCUUGACUAACAUAAAUCUUGUUUUCUUGGCUUAAGCUUCGAGACUUUAGAGAUAAAUUCUUAAUGAUUAAAGUACUUACUGGGACUGGUUGGUGAAAUAUCUUAACAAUAA